AUGGAGGAUGACUCGGACUUCAGUGAUUCCAACAAUAAUAUAUCGUCUGGUGAAGAUGAUUUGCUAUUUGAAAAAAAUGUGACAGAGGGAGUUGAAUUAGGCUAUGAUGUGGGGGCCACGGAAUGCAAUGAAGAUGGCCAUGCAGUAACCAUGCAUGACGAAGACCAUGAGUUUGAUGAUUUAGAAUGUCCCUCCUCUGAAGAAUUGUUGUCUGGUGUGUCAUCUGACGAUGAGGUCGACUAUCGAUUUUCAGAAUUUACAGCUGAUAUGGAUAUACGGGAUCCACGGUUUGAGGUGGGACAAUUAUUCAAUUCUAUUCAAGAUUUCAGGAAGGUGCUUCGAACGUAUGGUGCAAUAAAUGGAUAUAAUGUGAAGUGUAAGGCGAACGAUGAAAAAAGAGUUCAAGGCAUCUGUAAACUAGGUUGCGAAUGGAGAAUAUGGGCUUCUAAGAUGAAUAAUUCAGAUACGGUGCAAGUGAAGUCAUAUACGCCUUCACACACAUGUAGUCAAGAUCAGUACAAUCGUCAUUGCAACUAUAUAUUCAUAGUCCAUCGGUAUAUUGAGCAAUUUAAGGUGGAUUCGGAGUUGAAAACAAAAAGUAUGCAAGCAACCGUGAAGGAAGAUUUGAAGGUAAAUAUUACGCGGAAUGUCGCUUGGAAGGCUAGAAGAUAUGCAAAGCAAUUGAUAAAUGGGACUAUUGAAGAACAAUUUACAGGAUUGAGGUCGUAUGCAGCAGAGGUCUUGAGGACCAAUCCAGGAUCCACAGUGAUGAUAGCACUAACAGGACAAGUGUUUCAACGUAUAUAUGUCUGUUUUAGUGCUUGCAAAUCGAGGUUUCAACAAGGGUGUAGGAAGAUAAUUGGAGUAGAUGGGUGCCACCUUCGGGGUGUUUGGAGAGGUAUAAUGCUCACUGCAGUCAGCUUAGAUGCAAAUGAUUGUAUCUAUCCAGUUGCUUAUGCGGUUGUACAGAAAGAGAACACAGUUGCAUGGAGAUAG